UAUCCUCCUGGGUUUUUAUAACACAUCAGGGUUCUUCCCCCUUUGGCAUUACUAAAUUAUAUUGCCAAACCUUGAGAUCUUCCCACUUUCAAAUACAAUAAAAAGAUGAGUUGCGUUCAAAAUCCUGAGCUUCCCAACCCAGAAACUGUUGUCCACGUUCAAGAUUUGGUCUCCCUUGAAAACCCAGAUUCCAAACACUCCAUUUUUGCUUCUUUGUUUCAAAACCAUUACCCUCCUGGCUUUUCCCGAAAGCUGGUGGCGGAGGUGAUAGCCACGUACUUGCUAGUGUUUGUGACUUGUGGAGCAGCCGCAUUGAGCGCCAGCGACGAACGGAGAGUCUCACAGCUUGGAGCCUCCGUGGCUGGCGGCCUCAUCGUGACGGUAAUGAUCUACGCUGUCGGACACAUUUCUGGCGCCCAUAUGAACCCGGCUGUCACCUUAGCUUUCGCUGCAACUCGACACUUUCCAUGGAAACAGGUUCCAUUGUAUGGAGCAGCACAAUUGAGUGGUGCAACUUGUGCGGCCUUUACACUUCGCAUAUUAUUGCAUCCCAUAAAACAAUUGGGCACAACAACGCCAUCGGGGACAGACUUUCAAGCAUUGGUCAUGGAGAUUGUGGUUACUUUCUCAAUGAUGUUCGUCACAUCCGCUGUUGCAACUGACACUAAAGCAAUAGGAGAGCUAGCAGGUAUGGCAGUUGGGUCAGCUGUGUGUAUCACUUCCAUCUUAGCUGGACCUGUAUCAGGAGGGUCAAUGAAUCCUGUGAGGACAUUAGGACCUGCAUUGGCAAGUGAAUAUUAUAAAGGACUUUGGGUGUACUUUGUUGGGCCGGUUACUGGAACUCUAUUGGGGGCAUGGUCAUAUAAAUUCAUACGUGCCAGUGACAAACCUGUGCACUUAAUUUCUCCUCACUCAUUUUCGUUCAAACUUCGAAGAAUGUCAAGAUCAGAUGUUAGUGAGAGUGAAAAGUGAGCGUUGGCUCCUCGUCUUCUUCCAUGUCUAAGAUAUUUGGAAUGUUGGAAAAGAUGUGAAAUAGUUUGAGUGUUUCAUGGUGUACUAUGCUAUAAGCUUCUUUAUUAUAGCUUAGCAUGUAUGAGAAGCAGUGAUUGUAACUUCCAUCUUCCAUGUAUGAAAAUUUCUUCCUUUGCUCA